UCUGGCAGUGCAGCGUGACAUCCAAUCACAGCAAGCCGUCUCAGGUCGCACUCGAAGUUAUCUGAAUUCCUCAAAAGCAUGGACCCGACAAGUUACGAAGAAAAUACAUCACUAACGAACACGUGCGCCCAAGAUGUGAACAACGCAUUACAAGACGGUCUGCCAGAAAUUCCAGUGGAAGUAAUGAUUAGUAAACAGAAAACAUCUAAAGCAACAUCAGAACAGAAGGAAUUAAUGUUAGAAUUUAUUCAAGAAAAUCCUGAAAUGGUGACACACAGUAGUACGGUAGAAAAUGAAAGAAAUUUGUGGGAAGAUUUGACAGAAAAGUUGAAUAUCCUCAAACCUGAAAAAACACAGGAAAAUUGGAAAGCUGCUUGGUACAGAUGGCAAGUUUCUGUGUUCAAACGCUCUGAAACAUCAUUACAUUGUUUGGAUAUAAAAUUGAAAAAGUUUUUAACCCAAUUGAAAAGUGAUUGUGAUGGAAAAAUGCUUGUCAGUCAAACCAAACCAAAAAAAAAGUUAAAUAUUGAACAGAUUGAAACUAUUCUUAAAGAUAUUGAGAAAGAAAAAUAUAGUCUUCAUCUUGAGAUAGAUGAAAAUGAAAUCAGUAUUCAGAAAUUCAAAAGUGUUGUAAAACAUCUUGAAAAUGACAAUCUUAUAAGACACAAAAGAAUGAAAAAGCUCAAUGAACGUAAAAUGUAUUUGAACACUAAACGAAGAAAAAUUCAAGAAACUGAAAUAGAGAAUAUUGAAGUUCUUGAAAAGCAACUUUUAGAUAUAGACAAACAAUUGGCAGAAAGUGAUAUGUAGUUUAUUUUUAAGUUAAGGAUAGACUAUUAAUUUUAGAAUUAAGAUAUACGAAUUAAUCUUUUUAUUUUACUGAAAAUAUUUAUACAU